CAAUAAUUAUUUCGGCACCACGGGACAGAAAAGGGCAACAAGGCAGGAGGAGAGGAGAGAAGAGAAAGGAGUAUUGCCACUGCAUAACCGACCUUCAAUUUUCAAUACCACUACCUACCACUGUAAACAAACCAACCAAGUGCUGUUUAGCUAGGCAUUGUAUUUAAUGUGUGCAUAUUAAAUGGAAAAUUAGAAUGGCAAGUUUAAUAAAAGGAAUGAUGUACAGUAGACAUUUAUGGAGAUUAAAAUUGCAGUUACCUAAUUCAAGAACAAUUUUUACAACGUCGACAGUAGAAGGACUGGAGGAGUUUUUUCCACCAGGUGUAUAUGAUGAAGGUAAAUAUGUUGAAGAACAACCCAUCAGUGGUAGAAAGUGGAAGGCUUCUGAAUUACGAAUAAAAAGCAACAGUGACUUACAUAAAUUUUGGUAUGUUCUACUUAAAGAGAAAAACAUGUUAUUGACAUUGGAUCAGGAAUGCAAGAGACUAGGUGUUCCAGUGCCAGGUCCAACUCGUUUACAUAAAGUAAAUCAAACAAUGUGGGUGGUAAUGCGAGUUUUAGAAGAAAGACAAAAAGCUAUUUUGGAACUAGAAAAAGAACGGUCAUACAGUUUUGAUAAGGAUUCUAAUGUUGAAAAUAAUCAGUGAUACUUUAAAAAAUAAAUUGCAGCUUUUAUUGCUAUGUUAUUAUUCAUUUACAUGUGUGUUGGUAUUAGCAAUUCGUGAAUUGAUGAUAAGAUUUACAUUGA